GGCCCCCAUAAAGCUAAGUUCUUUACUUUCUCUUUGAUCUUCGUCCCCAAGUCGAGCGAAGACAGUACUGUCAAAGACAUGGAUGCAGAGGAGCACAAAUUGCGGCUCAGCCAGGAUCCAGAGUGGGCAGACGUGACACCAAUCCCACAAGAUGAUGGACCAAACCCAGUUGUCCCCAUCAAUUACAAGCCAGAUUUCAUUGAAACCAUGGGCUAUUUCCGUGCUGUUUACAAAGCUAAUGAGUUUUCUCCUCGUGCACUUCAACUCACUCAUCAAGCUAUUCUCUUGAAUCCUGGAAAUUACACUGUGUGGCAUUUCAGAAGAUUGAUACUUGAUGCAUUGGGCAUAGACUUGAAUGAAGAACUGAAUUUUAUGUCGGGGAUUUCAGAGAGCAACCCCAAAAAUUAUCAGAUAUGGCAUCAUAGGCGGUGGAUUGCUGAGAAAUUGGGAACCGAUGCCGCAUCUAAGGAACUUGAGUUUACAAGGAGGAUGCUUUCUCGUGAUGCCAAAAAUUAUCAUGCCUGGUCUCAUAGGCAGUGGGUAUUGCAGGCCUUAGGAGGGUGGGAAAAUGAACUCGACUACUGUCAUCAGCUGCUUGAACAAGAUGUUUUCAAUAAUUCUGCUUGGAAUCAAAGAUAUUUUGUGGUAACUAGAUCUCCCCUCCUGGGAGGCCUAGAAGCCACGAGAGAGUCAGAAGUAAAGUACACUAUUGAGGCCAUUUUAGGCAACCCUGGGAAUGAGAGCCCAUGGAGAUAUCUUCGCGGCCUCUACAAAAAUGACCCCAAGUCUUGGAUCAGCGAUCCUCAGGUUUCUUCUGUAUGUUUGAAGGUUUUGAGUGCUGAAGCCAACCAUGUCUUUGCUCUGAGCACACUUUUGGAUCUUCUCUCCCAUGGUUUCCAAGCUAACCAAGAGUUUAGAGAUGCUGUAGAUUCUCUGAGACCUUCAAACUCCGACCCAGCAGAUUCUGACUUAGCAAAAACAAUUUGUUCUAUCUUGCGGCAUGUGGACCCAAUGAGAGUUAACUAUUGGACAUGGCGCAAGAGCAAGUUGCCUUCGUCAGUCUCUGUAUAGGUGAAGCACCCAUCUGUGGCUUUCUAUUCUUGUUAGUUUAUAAGAGAUGGUUAGUGAGGACAAGACGGUAGCAAGGACCGAGGGCGUGGUUUUGAAAAUGACGUUCUGGUGACUUGAAUGAUUAAAGAGUACGGAAAACCCCAAUCAAAUUUGAUUUUGGCUUGGCAUUCUAGUUAAACUUCUUUCAAGGCCAACUAAUUCACUCAAACAUCCACCAUAUUUGUAACUGACUGCACCUUGUGUUUUUUUGUGUGGUGUGUUGCAUUACUAGACCAUAUAUUCAAUUCCGUUAAACUUUUAUAAUACAAUGGUGCUUGACGUUUGUAGUA